AUGAGAGGGGGGAGGCGCGGGACGUGGAAAGUGCGGCGGGGAGGCGGCGCCGCCGCCGCUCGGCCGCCGCCGGACGAGCGCGCCGCCGACGUCCAGGUCAUCGAACUCAGCGAUGAUGAGGUGAAGUCAGCAACGCAGACAAAACCACCGGAAGUUUCCGCAAAGAACCUCGGGCGUCUCAGGAAGCGAACAGCCGCCGGUGGUGCUGCAACUUCUGAGUUGCAUGAGGACGAGGUGCAGGCUGCUGAUGUCAUGCCGAGCAAUGGUGAAGGUGGGCAACUGUUGCCUCCAUGUAGAAGGUCCAAACGCCUACAGAGAGAACGAACUGAAAAGCAAGAAUUGAGUAGCAGGGAGAGUCAGCAUGAUGUAUUUGUGAACAGUGAGGAUGAGUCCAAAAUGUUGGUUCGACGAAGGAGGCCAAACCACCUCAGAAAGAGAUUUACAUCCGAGUAUUUCAGUGGUGAAUGGAAUGAAGACAAAUAUAUAUCGCGGAGCAGCUCUGAUGAUGAUGAUGAUCACUUGCCCCCCCAGCGAAGGUCAAAGCGUCUUUGGCACAGAAUGGGAACUAGCAAAGAUGCAUACAACGGCGAUUCUGAUAGUGACACUGUAGAUAAUCAUAGGAAGGCAAUUCCAUGCAGAAGAAUGUCAAAGCGCCUACAGCAGAAACAGAAGGCUGAUCAUGUUUCAGAUGAGAAUUGCACUAAAGCUUCUCUGUGCAUGUUGCCAACGUCUAAAUCUUCAGGAUCAGAUGAUGAGCUAUUGCGUAGCACUGUAAAACUUUGCAAAAGCGCUUCUAGUGGACCUACUUGCUCAAUAUGUAAGAGUGGAGCCGGUAGCUGUCUUCUGAUCCAGUGCCAGAACACAAGCUGUUCUCGUAGCUUCCACACCUUCUGUCUUAGUCCUCCGAUGCAGGAUAGUAGAGGCACUUUGGAAUGUCCUCUCUGCAAAAUCGAUCAAGCAUCCUUGGCUAAGGGGACGGAAGUAUAUGCCUUAAAAAAGGUCCAAACACUUGUUGGUUGCAGACGGGUAAUUCUUCAGGAGUCAGAUUUCCAGUAUCAAAUGCUCGUGAAAUGGCAAUCACUUUCUCAUCAUCACGACUGCUGGGUUCCACUUGAUUGGCUUCGUGUUUUUGAGCCUCAACGAGCACGAACCUACAUAAGCAAGAAUCCCUUACCUAAAGAGGCAUACUCGGAGGAUCAAAGGAAACCUGAAUGGCUUGAAGUAGAUCGUGCCAUUGCAUGCCGCCGGAAGUUUGGUUAUGAUGGUUUAUGUGACGUCCUGGCUAGUUUUGAUAAUAAUGAAGAUUUUGAGGGACACGAGUUCCUCGUGAAAUGGAAAGGACUUGACUAUUGUGAUGCCACAUGGGAGUCGUAUUUCACGGAAGGCGUGCCAUCAGCUGUUUCUAUGCUUGUCCAAAGGCAUAAAAAUACUGUACGAAGCCCGAUGAACAUUGACGUGAUGGUCCCAGAAAAUGUACUAUACAAUUACCAGGUUCAGGGGUUACAAUGGAUUCUUGACAAUUUCAAAUCUAGGAGGAGCGUUAUUCUUGCUGAUGAAAUGGGUCUUGGCAAAACUGUCCAAGUUGUUUGCUUUCUCAACCGCAUAAUCAAAGGAAGUCUGACCACAUCUCCUGCAUUGGUCAUUGUUCCCAAGAGCAUCCUACUGCAAUGGGAAAAGGAAUUUGAUCGCUGGGCACAUGAUCUUAGUAUUGUUGUUUACCAAGGAGAUAAGGACUCCAGAAAGUGUAUUCAAGCUCAUGAACUGUACUCUUCCAAAGGGAAGACUCUGUUUGAUGCUCUAGUGACAAGUUAUGAGAUUGUCCAAAUUGAUAAAGCAGUUCUAAAAAAGAUUAAGUGGUCAACGAUUGUCAUUGAUGAGGCUCACAGAUUGAAGACGCUUGAUUGUAAUCUUGCAUCCUGCCUAUUGAAAUAUAGCUCAGAUUUCCGGUUGCUACUUACAGGAACACCAUUCCAAAAUAACGUCCUGGAGUUGUUUUCAUUGCUUCAUUAUAUUGAUCCAAAUGAGUUCUCUGACCCAAAGGAUGAUCUGUUGUUCUCACCAAUUGAAUCUGAGCGUGGUCUGACAAUAGAUGAAAAAAUCGCCCGCAUUCCUGAGAUUUUAAAGCCUAGGAUGUUGAGGAGAUUGAAAGCUGAUGUGCUAAAAGAUUCUAUGCCAACAAAGAAGUGGGUAGAAGUUCCGUGUGCACAUACAGAUUCUCAGAGAGAUCUUUACAUUAAUAUUCUAGAGAAGAACUACUCAAAGUUGAACAGUGCUAUUCAGGAUGGUAGGAAGCGUUCUCUGAACAACGUACUAAUGGAACUGCGAAAAUGCUGCAAUCAUCCGUAUUUGUUUACAGGAUCGGAUGGUAAACAACAUGCAGGAGAAGAUGUUCUCCAAUCACUAGUUUCUGCAUCAGGGAAACUUCAACUCUUACAGAAGUUGCUCCCAAAAUUGAAAGAGAGAGGGAACCGUGUAUUGAUUUUCUCCCAGAUGACGAAGAUGCUUGAUAUUCUUGAGGACUUCCUUUCUUUCCUGGGAUACACAUAUGCACGCAUUGAUGGACAGACAGCACUCUCUGAGAGGCAGGAGAGCAUAAAAGAAUACAACAACGCUGAAAGUGAAACAUUUAUUUUCUUGAUGUCAACUCGUGCUGGUGGUAUAGGUAUUGACCUGCCUGGUGCUGAUAGAGUAAUUAUAUAUGAUCCAGACUUCAAUCCAUUUAUGGACUUGCAAGCACAGUCCAGGGCUCACCGGAUUGGCCAGACCCGACCGGUGGUUGUUUACCAGCUUAUUACAAAAUGUUCUGUUGAAGCGAAGAUAUUGCAGAAGUCUAAGCAGAAGCUGGCCAUUGAAAAUAUUUUAAUGAACUCUUCCAAGAAGCCGCCAAGUGCAGAUGAGCUGAAGUCCAUUCUACUACAUGGAGCCAAGAUAAUUCAGGACAAAAAGGAGAUUAAAGCUGUAUCAAUCCAUUAUGACGACGAGGCCAUUCAGAAUCUCCUCAAGCUAGAUCCUUCGAGCGACGAGAUGUGCACUUCAGAGUGCAACGGCUAUCUUGGCGGCAUCGAGAGCUUUCCUCAUGGUGCCGAGGACGUAGUACCUCCCUCCCCCAAGGUUGAGGAAUUAAAAGUAUUCAAGCCUGCCACUCCCAAGGUGGAUCUUGGCCGCGGGAGAAGGCAGAGGAACCUCGUGAAGUAUUUCGAGGAGACGGACAAUGAAGACAGUGAUGACAUGUACGCUCCAGAGGCUUCCUCCGAGUCCAGUAGCUCUUCCUCUGAUGAUGAAACAGAUGAAGAAAUUCCUGAAGUAGCACGCGCUAGAACUGAAGUAGACAUGAAAGCUGAAACAGUGAGCGUUGUGAAGCCAGAAGUAGCUCCCGUUCCAGCCCCUCUUCCUCAGAGUCAGAGUCCGGCAGCUCUUCCUCAGAUGAAACGGAAGAGGUUAAGCCUAUUGUAGCAGGCGUGAAGUCUCAAGCGUCCGGCAGCUCUUCCUCGGAGUCCGGUAGCUCUUCCUCAGAGUCAGAGUCUGGCGGCUCUUCCUAGGAUGAUGAAACCGAAGAGGUUAAGUCUGUUGUAGCACCUGACAGUUGAUGCAGAAACUCAGGCUAGUCGUCCAUUCCUUUUGUAUAGGAUUGUCUAUAUAACUGCGUAAGUAGAAUUAUGUGGCUGAUUUAUAUGCCGACUUUUGGGGCAUCUGCCCAUGUAUGGUGAGAACUGACGAGUGAUGACACCUUUAUUACCUUAUUUAUUAUGGUUGUUGAUAUAUAGCUAGUACGUAAGACUUA